GGCUGCAAGCCCCACCUUUUGUGUUUCCCGCACCGUCAAUCAAAAUAGGAAAAAAAAAACGCGCCUGGUCCUUCUCCGUCCGCAGCCCGCCCGCGAUUAUUACACAACCGCCAUGUUAGGCGUCUAACCCACCCCCAGCGCGGCCCGCAGCCCUCACCGGGGGGACGAUCCUUUUUUUUUUUUUUUUGGAGGAUUAUUUCGGGUGUUUCUGUUGAGGGGGGGUAGAUCCUGCCACACACACAAUGACCGCUCCCGAGCAGCCGGUAAAGAGAGAGGAGAUGUCGGCGCUGGAGGUGGACGGUCAGAGCGAGUACCUGCAGCACGGCGGCGGCAACAACGGCAGCGGCGACGACAGCGACCAAGGCGGCGGCGGACAGACAGAAGAUUUGACAUCUGUGCAGAUUACUGGAGGCCCAAAUAGAUGGGAAGUAUUGACCCCAGCCCAGGCUGCUUUAAAGGAUGAAGCUGGUAACAUAGUACAAUUACCAGGUGGUGCUACAGUAACAUCAGGUGGACAGUAUGUGUUGCCCAUUCAGACCUUGCAAAAUCAACACCUAUUUUCUGUAGAACAAGGAUCCGAGGGUGCUAAUGGUAAUUUGUCCAAUGUCCAAUAUCAAGUGAUACCACAGCUCCAAACAAGUGAUGGUCAACAAGUCCAACUUGGCUUUGCCACAUCUGAUAAUGGAGGGUUAGAUCAAGAAUCAGGCCAGAUUCAGAUUAUUCCUGGAAACCAUUCCAGUCUUUUGUCAUCAAGUUCAAAUAUUUUAACACAGGCUGGUCAAAUUCAAGGUGUAACAAUUGGGGGUGGAUCUUAUGGUGGUCAGCAAGUUGUGACUAAUGUCCCUAUUGGACUUCCUGGUAAUAUCACCUUUGUUCCAAUCAAUAGUGUUGACUUAGAUUCAUUGGGUUUGUCUGGCAGCUCUGAAGGUAUGACAGCAGGUAUUACUGCAGAUGGACACUUAAUAAGUGAAGGCCAUGCCAUGGACAGCUCUGAUACUUCUGAAAGGACUGCCGAACAUGAGCACGUUUCUCCUGAUGCUGGUGAUAACAACUCUGAUACAGAUUUGUUUGUGCCAACAUCCUCUUCAUCUCGACUUUCUGUUACUAUAGAUGGUUCAGGAAUGCUUCAGCAAAGCGCAAACAGUAUGUCUGAUAGCCCGAGUGGGCAGGUGCAAGCAUCUGAUCUUCAGGGAAAUUACAUCCAGGCUUCAUUAUCUGAUGACUCACAGAGCAUUCAGGUCUCCACAUCGCAACAAAUACAGCUUCAAGAAAGCCAGCCUACCAGUCAAGCUCAGCUUGUGCAAAGUAUUGCACAACAGGCCAUACAAGCGGUUCAGGCUGGAAGUCAAACCAUAUCGUCUCAAGCUUUGCAGAACCUUCAGUUGCAACUUAACCCUGGAACUUUCCUAAUUCAAGCUCAAACAGUGACUCCUUCAGGCCAGAUUGCUUGGCAAACAUUUCAAGUUCAAGGUGUUCAGAACUUGCAAAACCUGCAGAUCCAGAAUUCCUCUCCUCAGCAAAUAACAUUGACACCUGUCCAGACACUUACACUUGGGCAAGUUGGAGGGGCAGGAACUAUAAGUCAGUUGCCAAACCUACAGACUGUUACUUUAAACUCGGUUGAUGCAGCAGGCUUCCAUUUUCAGCAUGACACUGAUAGCCCAACAGGGAUACGAAUUAAGGAGGAGGAACCUGACCCAGAGGAAUGGCACUUUACUGGUGACUCUACAGUCAACACAAAUGAUUUAACCCACCUGAGAGUCCAAGUUGUGGAAGAUGAGAUGGACCAACCAAAUCAGGAGGGGAAAAGACUGAGGAGAGUGGCGUGUACAUGCCCUAACUGCAAAGAGGGUGUCGGAAGAGGUACCAAUCUUGGAAAGAAAAAGCAACAUAUCUGUCACAUCCCAGGGUGUGCUAAGGUUUAUGGCAAGACAUCACACCUUAGAGCUCAUCUUCGUUGGCAUUCGGGAGAACGUCCCUUUGUUUGUACUUGGAUGUUCUGUGGCAAGAGAUUUACUCGAAGUGAUGAGCUACAGCGGCAUCGAAGAACCCAUACUGGUGAAAAGAAGUUUGUCUGUCCUGAGUGUUCCAAACGAUUUAUGCGAAGUGAUCACCUUGCCAAACAUAUUAAAACCCAUUCGAAUAAGAAGGGCAUUCAUACCAGCAGUGCUGUGCUGGCAUCCAUAGAAGCAAAGCCCGAAGAUGCAUUGAUUUCUGCUGAAGGAACAACCCUUAUCCUUGCAAAUAUUCAGCAGGGAUCUGUAUCCGGCCUAGGAACUGUAAAUACUGGCACCAGCAAUCAAGAUCUUCUCUCAAAUUCGGAAAUCCCUUUACAACUUGUCACAGUUUCGGGAAAUGAGACAAUGGAGUAAAAAUCACACGACACCUAUUAAUUGUGGUUAUUUUUAUACAGUAGUGAGAAAACAAAACCUUGUUCUUGAGUUAUUAGAUAUCUUUUUAUUGAUGUGCAAACAUUUUGGAUUGACAGUUACUUGGUUAUACAUGACACUGAAAUGCCUUACUUUGUAUGCUAUUCCAUUAAGUAUGAUACAAUGGUAAAAUUGCAUGGCUUUUGUAGGUACUUUUGGAAUCUAGAACUGAUGAAAUUUUACCAUGAUCCGUACAAGUAUAAAUAAUGUUGACAGAUGGAAAUGGUAGUCUAACCAAAUGCAUCAAUCCAGUGUGGUUUAGUGUAUAAAAAAAAAAAAGAAAACAAAAAAAUUACAAAAAAUAAAAAAAUAAAGAACAUGUUGGUAUUUAUCUAUUGUAAGAUAAAGUUGAUGGAUUAAAAAAAAAAUUAUGUUAUGAUAAAUUUUUGUAAUUUUCUUGAUGACUGGAAUUUUUAUUAUGCAUAACUGACAAAUCACGUUUCCCAGCAAAUACGUCAGUUCGGCUUUACCAUAACUCACCAACUUAUGAAUUAACAGCCAAUCGUUUUAAUUAGGUGAAUCUGUACACACCAUUUUAAACGUUUCUCUUGUAAAAUUCUUCGACAAAGUUUUAACAUGGAGCCGAUGGCAGCGGCCACUGUCUAGAUCGUGUUGAAAAGCCAUGUGCAAGAUCAAGUUGCAAACCAAAUCUUGUAAAAAAAAAAAAAAAAAAUCUAUUGUUUUGCGUCAUGAAAAAAAAACAUAGCCAAUGUUGAAAGAUUUUGUAGGUUGAAGCAUUUUUGAAUGGUUUAAAUAAAUGUUAUGAUUAAGCACCCACUUUAUUGAACACUGGUGGACCAAAAAAAAAUAGUGAACUGUUUGUCAUUUAGCACAUAAUGAUUUCAAUCUUGUGUACUCUGAAAAGUAUAAAACCCAUUGUUGUAAAUUAACUAGUAUAGCAUAUGCAAACAUGAUUUAAAGCAUUUCCAUUUUGACAAUACCGGGCAUACAAGACCUUGUCAUGGGAUUUGGGAAAUUAUACAAGGGUGUUUUAUUUUUAUUUUUUUAUUAAUGCUUUUAUUUUUGUUUCUCUUUCCUCUUCUACCUGCCCCGCCCCUCCCCCCCCCCCUGCAUUUAAACAAACCUUUUUUGCUUCUACCCUAAAAGAAUUGUAUGUAUCGAAUACAUUUACCUGAUAAAUAUGUAUAUGUUUUUUUUUAUUAUGUUGCUGUAUUUUCGUUUUUAUUUUUUAAUAAUUGUUUAUAUUUUCAUCUAUAGAAAACGUGUAAAGUUUCAAAGUUACAUUACAGGUAUGUAAGUGCUAUACCAUUUUUCUAAGUAGUAAAAUAAAAACCGCAGCACCUACAACAGUUCACUUAUUUACAAGCUUCGUUUGGGUCUCUGUUAUUCUUAUGACCACCUCAAAUUUAAAAGCUACCUUAAAGUGUAUGUUUAAAGUGUAUUAUAACAGUGUGGUAGUUUAAUAAAACACUAUUUUCUUUCUUUUGA